AUGUCCUCCAAACCUUUCGAUCCAUACCAUCCUCAUACACCGCCCACUCGCCCAUCACGUCUAGGAGCUCUCGUGGCGCAACCUAGCCCAACUAGCCAAGUCUCUCGGCUUCCGGUUUUGCUAUCCCGUUACACACCGUCUACUACUAUCACCAGAAGCUUUACGCCCGACUAUACAUCACUCGGAGAACAUCUUGGACAUGACCCAAACUUUCGCCACAAUACUAUAUCCGAACUUGUCAACCAUCUCGCCGAAUCUUCACUUAUCGAGGGCAAAUACUUCGAGCAACACGACAUCCUCAGCCUCAAAGGCGGUGAUGUAAUCAUCCAAAGGCUCAAAGAGUGGGAUAGCGAACUGGGCUAUAUCAUACGGAGUACAUGCGAGUGGCGUCACAUCGAGUCGACGGAGAGGGAUAGCAUCAAUAGCUGGGACUGGCAAGAGCACUGGGCAGAACAGGAAGCUGAAGGGUCAUACUAUAACGUGAGGGACUACGCAUUUGUUAAGAUUGAAGAGGGGAUGGAGUACGCAGUCACGGUGUUCAAAUCGAUAGUCACUUCUACACAAUUUGCCCGGAAUAUCCAAGUCCCUUUCGAACUCAAUCGGCCUCUAGAGGAGUUUCUCGUCUACUUGGAUCGAACCGGAUUUCUUCGACGAGUACGGGGACGGCUUUCUCGAUGGGCAAUGUACGUGACCUACCAAAACGAGCUCUUUGAGGAGAGGAACGAGGCCUUGCAGACUAUCCAACAGAUUAGGGAAGAAGUCGAAGCUCUGCAGAAGAGCAGUCGGGAGCUCAGGGACUUUGCGCUGUGGUUGGCUCAGGAGGUGAAGAAGUUGAAUUUGGAGAGCGAGAGAUACAAGGCGAAGCUCAAGAUAAUAGGGACGCCCAAACGGGAGAAAGUCUUCUCUCCACCCCAAAGAUCGAUUUCCUCAUCAAUGUUUGCAAUUGCGAACAGUAGGACACGGAUGCCUCCGGUACCGGCUCUCGGACAGAUUUCUACUAUCAAAUACGUUCCAUAG